UGUCUGGAGUGAAGUCUGAUACACAAUGGACGCAAGUCCUCGUUGUUUAGUGCUCUUAGUCCUGCUCUUUGGGAUGGGAUUUCGCGAAACCCAAGCCUUACAGUGUUACUGCCAGGUGUGUCCGAACUCCACCUGCAGCACGGACGGCCUCUGCUUCGUGUCCAUCAGCAAGACGGGCAACAAGAUCGCGGCGGAGAACCGCAUGUGCCUGGACGAGGCGCGGCUCUACCCGCCCGACCGGCCCUUCGUCUGCGCGCCCUCCACCAAGGAGGACAGCGGCAUCUACCCCAUGUGCUGCAACACCGACUUCUGCAACAAGGACCCCGACCUGGACGCCUUCCCAGUGCCCACCUCCCGGCCCACGUCCCUGGGCCCGGUGGCGCUGGCGGCGGUGAUCGCCGGCCCCGUGUGCGUGCUCUGUUUCGUGCUGGUGCUGGUCUUCUACAUCUGCCACAGCCGCCCGGUCAUCCACCACCGCGUGCCCAACGAGGAGGACCCGUCCCUGGACCACCCCUUCCUGGCCGACGGCACCACCCUCAAGGACCUCAUCUACGACCUGACCACCUCCGGCUCCGGCUCCGGUCUGCCCUUGCUGGUGCAGCGGACCAUCGCCAGAACCAUCAUCCUGCAGGAGAGCAUCGGGAAGGGCCGCUUCGGGGAGGUGUGGCGCGGCCGGUGGCGGGGCGAGGAGGUGGCCGUGAAGAUCUUCUCCUCCCGCGAGGAGCGCUCCUGGUUCCGCGAGGCCGAGAUCUACCAGACCGUCAUGCUGCGGCACGAGAACAUCCUGGGCUUCAUCGCCGCCGACAACAAAGAUAACGGCACGUGGACGCAGCUGUGGCUGGUGUCGGAUUACCACGAGCACGGCUCGCUGUUCGACUACCUGAACCGGUACACGGUCACCGUGGAAGGGAUGCUGAAGCUGUCCCUGUCCACGGCCAGCGGCCUGGCGCACCUGCACAUGGAGAUCGUGGGGACGCAAGGCAAACCGGCCAUCGCCCACCGCGACCUGAAGUCCAAGAACAUCCUGGUGAAGAAGAACGGGACGUGCUGCAUCGCCGACCUGGGGCUGGCCGUGCGCCACGACUCGGCCACCGACACCAUCGACAUCGCCCCCAACCACAGAGUGGGCACCAAGCGGUACAUGGCGCCAGAGGUCCUCGACGAUUCUAUAAACAUGAAGCAUUUUGAGUCCUUCAAGAGGGCGGAUAUCUACGCCAUGGGCCUGGUGUUCUGGGAGAUCGCACGCAGGUGUUCCAUCGGAGGUAUCCAUGAAGACUACCAGCUGCCCUACUACGACCUGGUGCAGUCGGACCCCUCGGUGGAGGAGAUGAGGAAGGUCGUCUGCGAUCAGAAGCUGCGGCCGAACAUUCCCAACAGGUGGCAGAGCUGUGAGGCCCUGCGUGUCAUGGCUAAGAUCAUGCGCGAAUGCUGGUACGCCAACGGCGCCGCCCGGCUCACCGCGCUCCGCAUCAAGAAGUCCCUGUCCCAGCUCAGCCAGCAAGAGGGCAUCAAGAUGUAGGCCUCGCUGCGCUCUCCCUCCCUCUGUCCCCCUCCCUACACUCUCCCUGCC